AUGACUGCAGAAAUCACUCAAAGAGUGGGAUCCCAUUCCAGCUCUCAAACUGAAGCUCCGGCAGACCUAUUACCAAUUUCCUCCGCACGCUGCAAUUCCCCGACGGUCCAGGAGUUCGGGGAGGAUGAAAAAGGCCAUGAUACCAAUGUGGAAAGCACGACAGAAUAUCCAAUUGGAAAACGCAGGUAUUGGAAACGCUUUAUCGAUAUCGUUUCAUGGACACCGCGACGAUGUCGAUGGAAUCCAGAGAACCCGAGUAAAUUCGGCUUGCCUCUGAACCUCCUAUUCGCAUUCUCGGGAACUUUCACGGUUGCCAAUCUAUACUAUUCACAUCCCAUUCUUGACGUUCUUGCCCAAUUCUUCGAUGUCUCGCAUGAGCGAGUCUCGUUGAUCCCAACCUGCAGUCAGGCUGGAUAUGCGACGGGAUUGAUCCUCCUUUGUCCUCUUGGGGACUUAGUUCGGAGAAGGCACUUCGUUUUGGCGUUAACAUUUGUUACUGCCGCAUUGUGGAUUGGGAUUUGCAUCACCAACUCAUUCGAGACAUUCCUUGUUCUGAGUUAUCUGUCUUCGGUCACGACUGUUACUCCACAAAUCAUGCUUCCUCUUGUCGGAGACCUCGUCCCCCCGGCUCGUCGUGCAACUGCUCUAUCAGUCGUGUCUUCGGGACUUGUCCUGGGCCUUCUCUUUGCCCGUCUGCUCUCCGGUAUAGUUGCAGAAUAUUCACACUGGCGAAAUAUAUAUUGGCUAUCACUAGGACUCCAAUUCCUCAUUUUUGGCCUUCUAUGGUUAUUCAUGCCCGAUUAUCCAUCAACAAACACCAACAUCUCCUACUUUAAGAUCCUAUAUUCCAUUAUCGGAUACUACUGGACAUCCCCGGAGCUUGUUCAGGCAACACUCAUGUCAUUCUUCCUCUCGGCCACAUUCACCAGCUACUGGACAACACUCACCUUCCUCCUAGCCGGUGAUCCCUACAACUACCCAACCUUGACAAUCGGACUAUUCUCCCUGGCAGGUCUUACGCCCAUGUUCCUAGGCCCACUCUUCUCACGCUACAUGAUCGAUAAAUUCGUGCCGCAGUUCUCCGUUCUCGUCAGUCUCGGCAUCCUGAUCAUCGGCGUCAGUAUCGGUACCUAUACAGGCACGUGGACUGUCGCUGGCCCAAUUAUCCAGGCUGCGCUGCAGGAUUUCGGUCUGCAGAUGACGCAAAUUGCUAAUCGCAUUACGAUCUACGCUGUUGCGCCCAAGGCGCGCAAUCGGCUUAACACGGGAUAUAUGAUGGGCGUGUUCUGUGGUCAGCUCAUGGGUACCUCUGUUGGAAACCGUCUCUACAGUCAAGGGGGUUGGAUUCUGUCGGGAAGUGUCAAUCUAGCGUUCAUUGGGAUAUCACUGGUUAUUUGUCUUCUUCGUGGGCCAGCUGAGCAGGGAUGGGUUGGAUGGCAUGGUGGCAUUCGCAUCCGACGAACGGAUGUUUGA